UGACGGGGCCCGGAAGCGGCUGUCCAGGAGGCUAAAAACCAUGGCUAGGGGUCGGCGCUGAGGCUGCGCGAGGUGGGCUGAGCGGGAGCCGGAGCGGGAGCCGGAGCCGGAGCCGGAGCCGGAGCCCGGGCCGGGCCGGGCCGACCGCUACCAUGUCCACACAGAGGCUUCGGAACGAAGACUAUCAUGACUACAGUUCCACUGACGUGAGCCCCGAGGAGAGCCCAUCUGAAGGCCUCGGGAGCUUCUCCCCCGGCUCCUACCAGCGCUUAGGAGAGAACAAUAGCACGACAUGGUUCCAGACCCUGAUCCACCUGCUAAAAGGCAACAUCGGCACCGGACUGCUGGGGCUGCCUCUAGCAGUGAAGAAUGCAGGCCUCUUGUUGGGCCCUCUCAGCCUGCUGGUGAUUGGCAUCGUGGCUGUGCACUGCAUGGGCAUCCUGGUGAAGUGCGCUCAUCACUUGUGUCGUAGACUGAACAAACCCUUUCUGGACUAUGGGGACACGGUGAUGUAUGGACUAGAAUGCAGCCCCAGCACCUGGAUCCGGAACCACUCCCACUGGGGAAGGCGCAUCGUGGACUUCUUCCUCGUCGUCACUCAGCUGGGUUUCUGCUGCGUCUACUUCGUGUUUCUGGCAGACAACUUUAAACAGGUGAUAGAGGCAGCCAACGGGACCAGCACCAACUGCAACAACAAUGAGACCGUGAUCCUAACGCCCACCAUGGACUCUCGACUCUACAUGCUCACCUUCCUGCCCUUCCUGGUGCUGCUGUCUUUCAUCAGGAACUUGCGUAUCUUGUCCAUCUUCUCCCUGCUGGCCAACAUCAGCAUGUUCGUCAGCCUUAUCAUGAUAUACCAGUUCAUUGUCCAGAGGCUCCCAGACCCCAGCCACCUCCCCUUGGUGGCUCCAUGGAAGACCUACCCUCUGUUUUUUGGCACAGCGAUUUUUGCUUUCGAAGGCAUUGGAGUGGUGCUACCCCUUGAGAACAAAAUGAAGGACUCACAGAAAUUUCCACUGAUCCUGUAUUUGGGGAUGGCUAUCAUCACUGUGCUCUACAUCAGCCUGGGGAGCCUGGGGUACCUGCAGUUUGGAGCUGAUAUCAAGGGCAGCAUCACACUCAACCUGCCCAAUUGCUGGUUGUACCAGUCGGUGAAGCUGCUGUACUCCAUAGGCAUCUUCUUCACGUAUGCGCUCCAGUUCUAUGUCGCAGCUGAGAUCAUCAUCCCGGCCAUUGUGUCCCGAGUGCCUGAGCGUUUCGAGCUGGUGGUGGACCUCAGUGCGCGCACUGCCAUGGUCUGUGUGACAUGUGUUCUGGCCGUCCUCAUCCCCCGCCUGGACCUGGUCAUCUCCCUGGUGGGCUCUGUGAGCAGCAGCGCCCUGGCCCUCAUCAUCCCGCCCCUGCUGGAGGUGACCACCUACUAUGGAGAGGGCAUUAGUCCCCUGACCAUCACCAAGGAUGCCCUCAUCAGCAUCCUGGGCUUCGCGGGCUUCGUGGUGGGGACCUACGAGUCUCUGUGGGAGCUAAUCCAGCCAAGCCAUAGUGACUCCUCUACCAAUUCCACCAGUGCCUUCAUAUAAGGAUCUGGGUGUGCUCCCUCUACCUGCCCAGCCCUACCCUGUGUGUCUCCUAGUAGUGUCCCACAUCCUUAGGUGUGGCUCAGCCUCUGGAAAAAGGCAGGGUUACUGCCUGGGCACUCCUCUGGCAUUGGACCCUUGGGUAACCUGGGCUACAUGAGACAGAUGAGGGGAGGGCAGGGAGCAGACCCUCCACUUGUGAUGGUGCAGUCACUGCUCCCCUUUAUCAUGCCUCCUCCUCCAGCACCACCCCAACCCCGUCUGACCUGCCACGCCUAAAUUAUUCCCCUUACACAGCUCACUUUAUUUAAAAGGUAGUCUCCUGCUCCCAA